GGCCCGAGCCCGGCCCAGGCCGGCAUCCCUCCGCGGGUCGGCUCGGACCGGCCCCGCGGAUUCCCUGCCUCGCGUCGCCGCCUCCCGCUUAGUUCUUCGGGAUGGGGGGAGGGGAGUUUUGUUUUUUUUUUUUUUAAUCCCCGUAAACGUCCUCGCGCGUGUUAGCGUCGCCCGGGCUGCCCCAGGACUUUGCAAGACUCGGUUCUCCUUGAACCUCUCGCUUGCCCCAACUUGGCCCGGACCCUGGGCUGGGCCCGACCGUCCGGCCGACGAGCAGUGUCCUUUCCGCCAAGCUUUCAUCGUGGAUCGGACUUCCCACUCCAACUGGACUGCGGGGCUGCCCCGUUUAUCCCGCUCCGAUUGCCUGCUCUCCCGUCUGUCUCUUCUUCUGCCGAACCAUACAUCUCUUUUCAUGGUGCCCAAGUCAUCAGAAACUCCCAAGCCCCUCUAAGUCCAGAAAGUCACCGCUUGUCGAAGCCAAAGAUGAACAGGAGCCAACACCCCCUUGCCCCCAAGGCAACCUCAUUAAAAUGAAUUAGGCUAAAAUUUAUCCAGAAAAUAGCCCAGCUGAAUUAUUUAGGGAUCAUAGUGGUGCUCCGCUCCUUUCCUAGAUUCUGGAGACCACCUUCCAGGUGAUGCAACAGGUAUCUGACGUGACCACUGGAGAGGACGGAACGAACUUGUUUAUUAUGUCAUAUAACUUUGGAGUACUGCAGGCACAUAGAAUCGAGUCCAAAGAUUGGUUUGCCUUGUAAUUGCAGUUGAGAUAACCCAGUACAGAAUUAACUGUUGCAGUUAGAUGCAUGCUUAGGUUUGUUUGCUUUUGGUUGAUUAGUUUUUGUUUUAUAAGGAGUUACCUCUACCUGCAGUGUUUAAAAUUUCUUGUAAAAUGGAUUGACAAGUGAAAAAGUCUCCAUCAUUGUUUUUGUUGGUUUAAAGAUUCAGAUGAGCAUUAGUACUAGAGGUCAGGAACCUUGGUUCUCAUUCACUUAUCUUACCUGUUUAUUCCCUUGCAUUGUUUUUAAGUUUUUUAAUUUACAGUGUAACAUCUUGAGUAGGAAGGAAUUCCCAUGCCAAUCUGGGAAUUAGGUCCGAAGAGCAUAGAGACUGCUGGGGACGUGAGUCUCAGCUGAGUUCACGUAUAAACUUGGGAGGUGAAGGGAAGGUAGGUUACUAUCCUGAGAAAUGUGGAACACGAUAGAAAAAGUUACGGAGAAGAAUAAUCAGAACUAGAGAUUCUAGAAGAGUGUGUACUUUGUGAGGUCUUUGGGCUGUGUUACUGGUUAAAAACUAAUUGUCUAGAUUUAAACUUUUUGUGGAUAGCUGUGGAUGCCUUUAUGUUUCAAGAAUUUUUAUUGCCCUUUUAAUGUUUCUGUGCCCCCAUCCCCCUCAGUGAUCUGAGUUUGGUUUCUUGUUUGUUCAUGAAGACUGUUACAAACCAUCCGUCUGCUAUAUUCUGCUCUUGAGAGCACAGUGUGCUUUUUCUUCUAGAUUAUAAACCCCUUUAUCAGUUAGGAUUAUGCAAUGACCAGAGGGCCACAGUUUCACAGCCUAAAAGAAAUCUGUGAAAGUAGAGGAAGAGAGCAUAUUGCCUUUUUAAAUAAAACUGAAAAUAUAUUUUUUGGCAUAUAAUGGGCUUCUUUACACUUCAGGUAUCCUAUAAAUCACAAAAAUGAUUGCUAUGUGGUGUAGGAAAAGCUAGAGAUGCUAUUCAAACCAGUACGUUAAAGGGAGGAGUGUUCUGAAAGAUGUUAAAAAUAUUAACUAGUUAACAAAGAUCUUCACGUCACUUUUGUGAAGUAGGUAGUUACAGAGGAAGCAAGUAGAGAAAAGGGUAGGUUAAACCUGUCCAGAUAACUACGAAUAGGAUCUAGAAUUUCUAGACCACGGUCUAUUUCAUUAUCUUCUCUAAUGAAUAAUUCCUAUAUUUAUUUCUUACAUAUUGCUUUUUCCUAUCAGCAGGACGAGAAGGAACAUAGGAAUCAGAAUGGUAAAUAGCUGAAUUAUUAGUCUUCUUACGAACUUGCACUUGUGGGUUCUCAUGAGGGCUUUUGGUCUGUGUUUUAUGUCACUAAUUCAGCAACCUACAAUUAUUUAGUUAUGACCCUGUAAAAAUCACAAAAAUGAAUGACUUAUCGUUUCUUAAGGAAUUUAGAAUAUCUUAGGGGAGGUGCAACAGUAAUAACAAUUCAAAACAGAAUGGCAUGAUUUUGAUACAAGCAGGACAAGAUGUGGAGGAGGAGACUGCUGAAAGAUACAGGGGGCAGAACUUGGGGGAUUGGUGGGGUUUCUGCAGGCAGAGAACAGUCAGCGUGAACGGGGUGCAGGAGUAGGAACGCACAGGUUAGAUUUGGGAGAUAACCAGCUGGUCCAGUAUGACUCGUGUAGGAUGCAUGUAGGGAGACAAAACUUUCAGUUCAGUGAGAACUUUUAUUAGUUUGGGGCUGCAGUGAAGGUUGAGGGGGCAUCUGUGAGGCGGGGUAGGGAGUGGGGAACCAUUUGAAGUUUUCUUGGUAGGGAGCAGGGUGAUCAGAGUUAGGUUUUAGAGUUAAGGCCAAUGGGUUGAGCUACAAUUUUGUAUUUAUUAUACUCAUUUUCUCAAGUCAGUUUUGGUUUUUGAAGCAUUUUUGCUUCAUGUCAAGGGCAAAUUCCUUUUAUCUUUGGUAGUACUUGCUGUUCAUCAUAAAUGCCUUUGAUGAGAAUUGCUGUCAUCUGCCUUUGCAGUACAUCAGCUAGUCUAUCUGGUCCAAACUUUGUAAGCAUGAAAAUCAACCUUUGGUUUGUGCUUAUAAUCACUGUGUAUAGGGACCUCUUGCUGUGUGCCCUUGGGCCUCUUUCUGUGUGAGACUGUUGCCUACUCUAGCUGUUUUUCUCCUGUUCACUAGAUUGGGAGCCGCUGAUCAUUUCUUUCCAUCCAAAACUCUGCCACAUAUAUGAAAAUAAUCGUAUCAGGGUCAUCUGACUUCUCAUGGAGGAGUAGUAUCCCCUCAGAAGGUUACUUAAUCUCACAUAGUGCUGCUCAAUUAUUGCUUGCUGCCUUCUCAGUGAUUAUGUUCCUCUCUGUACUGUGGGGUAAUCUACCGCCAAUAAAACAUGUCCUGGAGUUAUUUUCAGUCUUGGGAAUGAGGUUAUUCACACAUUGCUAAUGUACUGGUACAGAUAGUAAAGCAUGUGAUUCAUGAUUCAAAUCAGUUUCAGUUGCUGGGACAGUCUCUGGUAUAGUCACUUUAGUACAAAGUCUUCAUUUGUCAUAGAUCCAGAAUUUGUGUUUUUCAGAUUAUCUUGAUGAAUUAUACUAAUGAAUUUUUAUAAAAUAAAAAAUGUAAUAACAUGAUAAUGUUUGUAGAUUCAUUCCAUAAACAGUUUUCUCUUAUUUUUAAAUAGGAUCUGUACAUCCUGAGAGUUGUGAUAGAAAAGAAGCACUUCCUAGGACUCUUCAAAAGAGAAAGUUUUUGUCUGGACUCCAUUCUUUUGAUCCUCCUGCCUCCGUUAGCCUUCUCCAAGAGAGCGUGAGCUCAUGCAGGCCUGACAGGGUCUGACUUCCUGUACAUCUGUGGAUCUAGUUAAAGAGUUCCAGGCUCAUCUAAACAUAGUUUUCACCUACAUGAUUCCAUAAUAACUUUAAAUGAGAAUGUCCAGGAACAGAUUUUUUUCCCUUUCCUCCUUUCCCCACCUCAGACCCUUCCCCAUUACUCUGGCCACUCCCAACCCGAGUACCUCUUGUGUUGUCAUUUUGUCUUGGUAACUAGCACCUUCCUCUACUCAGUUUCCCAAGCCAGAACCCUGGGAGUAAAAUGAAAUUCCUCUUGAUUACAAACCCUUCAAUUUACCAGGCCUUGUCUCUUAGUUUGGUCAGUUUUAUCUGAAAGUAACAGAGAGCUUGACAGUCAGUGGCUUAAACUGAAAGGAUACUUAAUCCAGAGAUAACAGUCCCUAGGUUAGUUCAGCAGCUCAGCCGGGUCGUCAUGGACCGAGACUUUUCCAUAUUUCCACUCUGCUAUCCUCAGCAUGUUGGCUUCUGUUCUUGCCUUGUCCCUUCAUAGUUGUAAAGGGACUGUCUUAGCACCAGGCACAGUAUCCUCAUUCAGCAGGAUCGGAAGACAGGUGUAUGGGCCCUUGUUCCUCAUGUACCUCUGUCAUUUAAAUAGAAGGGGAAGGCUUUGCCAGAGCCACCCUCCUUUCCUAAGAGAUUGUCCAGAAUUGACUCACAUGUGACUGCGAUGAAGCUGAGAAGGGGGGUGUCUGGCUUUUCAGGCCUUCAUGGUAAGUUGUGGGGAAGGCAGGCAGGGAGUCAGAAUGGCAGUUAGCUGGGAACCUCUGAUGUCUCUCACAUGUUUUACUUUCUGAACAUUCUUUCAGUUGGUUCCCUUAUCCCCAUUUCCACUGUUGCUUCUCAUGUUCAGGCCCUCAUUAUCUCUGUUUCUAUAAUAUAAUAGCCUUCUUACUAGUUGCAGUCUUUAGUAUUACUUUUUAGUCCAUCUUCCCUUCUGUGACCAAAGUAAUCUUUCUGAAACGUAAAUGGUUGUGCCAUUUCUCUGCUUAAAAUUCACCUCCAGGGUAAAAUCUAAUGCCCUUUAUGAUUUGGCCCCUGACUGUUAAAGCCCGUUUCCUAUCAGUCCCCAACAAGCCCCCUCCCACCCCCUAUCCCCACACAUACUCUUAGGCUCACGCAGUGAAAUUUUUAAGUUAUCUGAACAGGCUUGCUCUACUGGUCCACACCUCAGUAUCUUUUGUGCAUGCUGAUCCUUCCAUCUGGAAUGUCCUGUUCCAGCGCUGACCGUCUCUAACCCCUGGCUCCUUUGGGCCGUGGCUUAGCCUUUAUCCGUCAGACUUGGCUGAACUCUGUGCCCUCGUACUUUCUGCAUGUCUCAGUCACUGCAUGUAUUAUAAUUCUGUGCAUCCCGCUAGACUGUAAGUUCCUUGAUAGCAUCAUACUAUCACCAGUGUUUAGAACAGGCCCGACACUAGACGGUGUUUUGUAAGUAAAUAUUUACCAAAUGAAUAGGAUUUUAACCACGCAGUUUUAUUAGGAAUGGUGCCAAUACUUCAAUGGCAUGAAAAUGUCAUCUGAUCCUCCUUCUCCUGUGUCAAAUACCUACUUCUGGGUUUUUUCCUUAUACUUUUACUUAGUACAUUGCUGAAUUUUAGCUUUGAUUGUUGGAAUAGGGUGACCAAAUGAAGCGGGGGUGGAUCAUGGGAACGGGGUAGGAAAAAUAUCAAAUAUUCUUCUUUGACACGGGGUUGUUUUUUUUUUAAACACCAUGGAACUAAAGAAAUGUUCUUAGCCUGUUUAUUUUUGAACUUAUAUCUUAAUCACUCCUUGGAAGAUGAUCCAUCCAAAAACAUUGUCAGUUCCUGAAUUUUAGCAAGAUUAACUAGUUAAUAGGAACUAAUCUUAAUUUUUUUGUAUCAAGUAUAUUUCUUGGGCCAGUGACUCUCCUACCACUCAUGACCCAUGAGUCUGGCUAAAAAAAAAAAAAAAAAUCUGCCCUUCUAUGUUAUCCCUGAUAGUAUGUGCUCUUUUUUUCUUUUCUGUUCUUUUCUUUUCUUCCCUUUUUUCUGGUUUAGUAUAUAAGAGAAAAGAACCCAAUCUCUGUAUAUAUUUGUUUUCUAUUCCCACAGUAACAAAAACUUAGUGGUUUAAAAUAGUGCAGAUUCAUUCCCUCACGCUUCCCUAGGUCAGCGGCUCUGGCGGACUAAGCUGUUCCUCCGCUGUAGGCCUCACAGGGUUGAAAGCAAGGUGUCAGGCGGCCUAGGCUUUCGGGGCACAUCUGCCCCCAAGCCCAUUAGGUCAUUACCAGAAUUCAGUUGCUUGCAGUUGUAGGGCUGAGGUCCCAUGCCUUGCUGUUUGUCAGCCAGGCCUCUGUCAGAUGCUUAAAGCCUCUUGCAUUCCUCAUCUGCAUCCUUCAUCUUCAAACUGGCAAUAGUGCAUUGAGUCCUUCUCACACUUCGGCUAUCUCUGGCCUCUCCUUCUGCCACAUCUAUUCUCCCUCCGUCCAGAGCAAGUUUUCUGCUUUUAAGGGCUCUUAUAAUUAGAUGAGACCCUCAAGGAUAUUCCAGGGUAAUGUCUUAAGGCCUGUAACUUUAACUACCUCUGCAAAGUCCCUUUGCCGUGUACUGUAGCAUAUUCACAGCUUCUGGAGGCCAGAUCUGGACAUCUUAAGGAGUCCUUCUGCUGACCACACUGUGAAAGGUAUUUUUUAAACCCCAAAAUGUAAAGUGUUCCCUUUUAUCAGUCUUUUGACUUGGCAUGGACUAUAUUUUAACCUAGUAACUUAAAAUGGGAAGUUUGUACAGUUGUCCCUCAGUAUCCCAUGGGGGAUUGGUUCCAGGACCUGCCCCGAUACCAAAAUCUGGAGAUGCCCAGGCCCCAUAGUCAGCCCUCCACAUGCACGGGUGUGGAACCUGUGGAUAUGGAGAGCUGACUGUAUAUUUACGGAAAAAAAUCUGCAUAUUAAGUGAUCUCAUGUUGUUCAAGGGUCAGCUGUAUUCAAAAAGUAAAGUAUGGAAACCUUUUAUGAUUGGCAGAUACUCAGAUAUUAAAGGUCCAAACAGGUUGGUGACUACAGAGCCUUCAAACUGCAGAGGUGUUGUGUAUUAUCAGUCCCAAGAUCACGUUUAUGAGGAUGGAUAAAGUGAACAAAACAGAAUUUAAUGAAACUUGUAAAUUAAAUACUCUUAAAUACCAAGGAGAGCUUACCAUUUUAGAUGAAUUCUUUUGUUAAAAAGAUUUUUCUUAAGACAGGUUAUACUUAUAUUUUCCAUUUGUUGACUGUCAGAUUUCUGUAAGAUUAUUUAAAUUUCAGAGCAUCACUAUUGUAUAGGUGUUACCCAGUUGGUUAAUAGAAUAUGAAGAGAAGACUGCCAAAAUAAUCUUAAAUUAUGUGAAAGGCAGAAUAAUAAUAAAGGGAAGUGAGAUACAUGAAAAUAAUUUUGUUUCAAUUUAUCCAGAAUAUAUUUUAGUGCACAACUCUGAUAGUCCCCAGCCACAAAACGGAACUUAAUAAUUAACUAAUUGACCCCACAUUAUUUGAAAUGAAAGUCUCUCCUCACUGAAUUGUGAUGUCAUCCUUAUAUCACUGAAUUCUUGCCUGUACAGAAUUGAUUCUAGUCUCAUUACUACACUGUUUUAAUUAUUAUAAUUUCACAGUAUAUUUGGUACAUGGCUGGGCCAGUUUCCCUUUAUUAUCAUUCCAAAGUGUUUGUGGCUAUUACUCAUUUUUUUUUUUAGGAGUGCUUUGUAAGGCUCUGAAAAAAUGUCUUACUUUUUCUGUCUUUUUAAAGUUUUAAAUUGUAUUGGAAUACACACCACUUCUAGCUGUGUAGCUCAGUGUGUAUUCACUCUGCUGUGCAGCCAACCUCCAGAACUUUUUCAUGUUGCCCAACUGAAACUAUACCUAUUAAACAACAACUUCCUGCUUCCCCUUCCCCGCAGUCCCUGCUUACCACAGGUUUACUUUCUUCCUCCAUGAAUUUGACUAGAUACCUCAUGUAAGUGGAAGCACACAGCCUUUGUCUUUUUGUAACUGACCUUUGCCUUUGCAUAGUGUCCUCAAGGGUCAUCUCUGCUGUAGCAUGUGUCAGAAUUUCCUUCCUUCUUAAGGCUAAAUAACAUUCCAUUGUAUGUUUGUGUGUAUGUACAUACAUGUACAUACACACACACUACAUUUUGUUUAUCCAUUUAUCUGUUGAUGGACAUUGUUUGCAUCUAGCUUUUGGCUAUUGUGAAUAAUGCUGCUGUGAACAUGGAUGUACAAGUAGUCUGUUCAAGUCUCUGCCUUCAGUCCUUUUAGCUAUAUACCCAGUAGUCCGCAAGUUUUAUGGUUCUUUUUUUUUUUUUAAGUUUUAUGACAUGAGGUUUCAUGUUAUCCCUAGAAAGGCUUCCCCUAGCCUAAAAUUAUAGAAACAGUUUACAUGUUUGUUCCCAAGUGGAAAGCCGACGCUAUUUAUUGAAAUAAAAUUUAAAGUCAAUUUGUCAAAAAAAAUUUGGAAAUUUAAGUGUAAUGACAUUAAAUUUGUGAACAAUUUUGAGAGAGAAUUGAUAGAUGUACAAUAUUGAGUCUUUUCCCAUAAUAAUAAAAGCUAACAUUUUUUAGUGUUUUCUGCAUGCCAGCCAUUGCAGUAAGCCGUUCCCUCAUCUUAUUAUCCAUUUUUAAAAUGAUGAAACUGAGGGUUAGUUGAAGAACCUGCCCAGAAUCACCCUGUAAGUGAUAAAGCCCAGUCUUGAACCAUGUGCUCUGACACUAGAAUCUGUGCCCUUAACCACCGAAAAGCAUUUCUCAUCCCUGGAAAGUGCUGUUUCUCUUUUUAUUUGUCCUAAUCUAACACUUCUCCCUAAACUAACUUCCACUGUGUUCUUUGGAACUCAUGGUUGGGCAGUGAUUUUUUUAAAAAUUCUCUACUACCUAAAUCUUUUCUGUGAACAUUUCUAUGAUAGUUAAUUUCAUGUGUCAACUUGGCUAGGUCCUGGCACCCAGUUUUCAGUUAAACAACAGUCUAAAUGUUACUAUGAAGAUAUUUAAAGCAUCAUCCAAUCAGUUGAAGGCCUUAAGAGAAAAGACUGAGGUAGUCCCCUAAAGAAGAAGGAAUCUUGCCUCCAGGAAAGUUGCGACAUCACCUCUUCCCUGCAUCUCCAGCCUGCCAGCCUGCCCUGCAGACUUGCCACUUGCCAUCCCCCACAAUCGAGUGAGCCAAUCCCUUAAAAUGAUCGCUCCCUUACUCCCCUCUCCCCUAUCUAGUUAGAUUUGGUAGUCUAUCUUUAUAAUCAUUCCCUCUGUCUUACUUGUCUGCCAACUGUAGGUAACUGAACUCUCCAUCUACUCUACACCUCAGCAGCCGGAUGCAGCUAGAGAAAAAUAUACAGCCAUACGGACUAACCUCACUUUAAAAUCAUGACCACAAACCCCAAGAGGACCCUAAAUGCCUUCUGGCAGUGCUUCCUUAUUUCUCUGGUCAGAUGACUCUCCCACUCUUUAAGACAGCUACAGUAUUUUAUGCUCUCCCCAUUCCUUACUCUCAGCUGAUGACUUCACUGCUUAUUUCACUUCUUUUUUUUAAGCAAUUGAAGAGAAGUUUUUCAUCCUUCCACCACCACCGUUUGCCUCCCUCCCAUUACAUGGAAUGGGAUGAAUUGCCUGUGCUUCUGUCUGAAGUCAAACCUCCCACUGUGUGCUGGAGCCCAGACUCUCCUAUACAAGGACUUCCCUCUCAGAGUUGUUGCCACUCUCUUCUGUUCUGUCUCAUCAAUUUUCCCCCUCUGCUGUCAUUCCAAUCAGCAUUACUGGAUGAACGAAUACACCUCAUCCAUUGGAAUUGGAGUUUUUCAUUCAGGAAUUGAAGUAUAUGGCAGAGAAUUUGCUUAUGGUGGCCAUCCUUACCCCUUUUCUGGAAUAUUUGAAAUUUCCCCAGGAAAUGCUUCUGAACUAGGAGAAACAUUUAAAUUUAAAGAAGCUGUUGUUUUAGGGAGCACUGACUUCCUAGAAGAUGAUAUAGAAAAAAUUGUAGAAGAACUGGGAAAAGAAUACAAAGGCAAUGCCUAUCAUUUGAUGCAUAAAAACUGCAAUCACUUUUCUUCGGCUUUGUCAGAGAUUCUUUGUGGGAAAGAGAUUCCUCGCUGGAUCAAUAGACUUGCCUACUUCAGCUCCUGUAUACCCUUUCUACAGAGUUGCCUCCCAAAGGAGUGGCUCACUCCCGCAGCCCUGCAGUCCAGCGUCACCCAAGAGCUCCAGGAUGAACUGGAGGAAGCGGAGGACGCUGCCGCAUCCGCGUCCACGGCCAGCACCGCAGCCGGCUCCAGGCCCGGGCGCCACACUAAACUGUAGAUGUGUCCAAAGUCCCACAUUCAGAACUGUCUCUGGCAGCUGAAUGCCACUAGAGAAAAGUAAAAGAGUAAGCGUCCUUUGGAUA